AUAUAUUUUAAUUUUAAUUAUUUUAAUUUUAAUUUUAAUUUUUUAUUUUUAUUUUUUUUUAUUUUACAACAAGGUGGUGUGCCUCCACCAGUACAGCCUUCAGUUAUAUCACAGAAGAUAGCUACGAUACUUGGAGAAGAAGAUCCCACAGUGCACGGAAUCGAUGGGGGUUUAGACAGUUCACAGGGUCAUGUUGCGGAUAAUACUAAAACUAUUUUACUUAUGAAAAUACAUCUCGCGUGGGUGCUGAAAAAAUGUAAAAAACGUAAAGCAGAUGAUAGUGAUGACGUGAUCAACAUGCAGAAAGAACUGUUGGUUCUAGAGAAGAAGCGAGUCAAAUUAGAACUUGAGAAAAAUAAAUUAUCUUUAGAAAUUGAAGUGUUGGCUUUAAAGAAGCAAAAAUUAACAAAAUGA